AGGCGUUAAAUAAGAUGUCUAGGCUCACACAACAAAGUAGCGAUGAUAAUCGCUAUAUUCUAGUGGCCAAGCUGGACAACGCGCGUAAUCUUCUAAAUGUUCUGAGAGCUGUAUAUUUCAAAGAGUCAGCAACAUGUUUUGUGAGUAGCAAUGGUAUCAAGGUCACUGUUGAAGAUGCGAAGUGUGUACAGGCCAAUGCCUUUGUGCAAAGGGGAAUCUUCCAGGAGUUUGUUUUCAAAGAAGAGAGUGCCACUUUCCGGAUAAACCUCAACAUUUUACUGGAAUGUCUCAAUAUCUUUGGCUCCUCCAAAGAUACAAGAACUUGUACAGCAAUGAAGAUGUGUUAUGCAGGAUAUGGCUCACCACUUAUUCUCACGUUGGAGGAAGGUGGCAUCCUGACAGAUUGCAGCAUUCAGACCCAAGAGCCUGACGAAACAUUGGAUUUUGAUUUUAGCGGUGCAGAUGUUCUAAACAAGAUUAUUAUGAAAUCUGAAUGUUUGAAGGAGGCUUUCAGUGAACUAGACAUGACAAGUGAAGUGCUGCAAAUUCUGAUGUCACCAGAUAACCCUUACUUUAGACUGUCAACCUUUGGAUAUGCAGGAAGUACCCAUUCAGAUUUUCCAAAAGAUUCUGAUAUGGUGGAGUCAUUUGAAUGUCAACAAACACAAACAAACAGAUAUAGGAUCAGCCUUCUGAAACCUUCUACCAAGGCACUGCAGCUUUCAAGCAAAAUCUCCAUUAGAAUGGAUGGAAGAGGUUUUCUCUCUAUGCAGUAUAUGAUUGUAAAUGAAGAUGGGCAGGUCUGCUUUGUGGAAUACUUGUGUGCUCCAGAUGAAGAAGUUGAUGAAGAAGAUGAAGAUGAACUGCAUUGAACAACUGCAAGAAGUCAUCAUACACAAGACAGUUGUGAAAGUCAAUCAGCCUUGCCCAAAAGUUGUCAACAAUGUUAAAAAUUUAAACGGCCAAAAAAAGAUAAUAUGUACCAAUCAACUGAGUGGGAGGGCUGGAUGGGAAAGUUUGGCUAUCUUAAAAAAGAAAAACAAACAAACAAUUGGAUCAAAAUCCUUCAAACACAAGCCAGGAACAUAACCUUUCAAACCCUCUGGAACAACAUUUGUUCAUGAAAAGUGCUGUUACUAUGAGGUGAAAUUCCAGAAUACUGAACAUCAUUUUCAAGCUAUCAACAUUUUAUUGGUUUGUGAUCAAGGUAAAUGAUGAUGAAUGUACAUAGUCUAGAAGGUCAACUGCUUGUUAUUAAAUGUGUCUAUCAUGUACCUUUA